CUGGUUCACGUGUUGGAAUUGAAGAAGACGCACGUACGAGAUCUGGCCAGCAUUAUCAAGGCAAUAUCCUUUCGAGAGAAUGCUACCUUCCAAGCAACUCCACAAGGAAUGCGGAUUCUUGUUGAUGACCAUCAUUGCCAGCAGGCGAUUGCCUACCUAUCGAAUGAUCUGUUUUCAAGCUUCAUUCUACGUGAUCGAGCUGUGCACUUCAGGAUUCCACUUCAUGUUGUAUCGGAAUGCAUAAGUAUGCAUACGGGAUCUGGAGCUACAUUGAAGAUGACGUACGAUGGUCCCGGUGAACCAGUGAAACUUAUCCUCGAAGAAGAUGGAAUAGUCGUUGAUAUGAAUGUUCAGACGCUAACAACUGAAGAGGUGAGCUACUCUCAGUGCAGAAAAAAUGAGCUGGUAAAGCGAGAGUUAGGCACACGUGACGCGUGCGGUAGCGCUGCGGUCACUGGUAUACUUUUGGUUGGCUCCUUAGAGUUACAAUUGAGGGAAAAGACCAAAAGUGGCCAGAAUAUCGGUCGGUCGGAAAAUUGUAAGAGGAUUCGAAGUCUGAAGUAG